CAAGUCUGCUAUCUUUUAUUUAGCAUCUGUCCAUGUUUAAGAAUUGUUAGGGACUGUAACAACAACAGGUGAAGCAAUUGGAGAACCCUGAAUACUUUUAUUUGCUCCAGGAAAUACAUGUAAAGUGAUUCAUUAUCUUGAUUGUAAACCAGGGUGUCAUUUUGGUAUCUUCACUUUCUAGAAUGGCUCAGAUUUUCCCUGGGAAAAGCUGGAUCGUACUGGGUCAGUCACAUAUUACAACAGAAUUCAGGGAGGAAUAUCUAAUAAGUGAAGGAAUAAUCAAGGAGACAAUGUUCAGCUCUGGAUUCAAAAUGGUUUUUGAGAAUUCCUUCCUUAGCUUUGAGACCAAAUGCACUCUUACAUUUAACAUUGGCAGGGAGCACUGGAAGAGCAGAACCUCUGAGUAACAGUCAACUUCCAAGUUCAGCUACUCUCAAGAAGUUUUUGCUUUCAGCAUUUUUUAUUCCUAAAGCUUAUGAACUCCAGUUUUGCUUAUUUUUUAAUCAGAAGAACAUCAAAAGAGCAACAAGAGAAGUUAGAUGAGACAGUGUGCUUUGUCAUCCCAUCUUCAAAAGGCAUCUGCUUGUAUUGUUAUUUUGGCAUGUUGUAUAUUAUUUCUUUUUACCUGGAAGCCAAAUUUCAUUUCUGAUGCAGUAAACCAUGCUGAGCUCCCUCUUCAAGAUGCAGAACUCAGUCAGAAGCCGUAAGUUUUCAGUUUACUUCCAAAUGUAUAUAUUUGAGGUUUUUUCCUGUGGCACGGCAUAACUUCUGGGCUACUGCACAUAAUCUUGUUUUGUUUUAUUCCUAUGUUGUAACUUGGUACAAGGGGGAAAUAACAACUUUGCAAACAGAAUAUUGAUGAUUUCUAUAACUUGAAAUCUAUAGGUACAUAUUUCUGUAGCUUUUCUACAGGAGUAAAUAUGGCAGCAGCAUCUACUUACAGACUGUUGCCUUUCACAUAUUCAGUGCACACUACUCUGCUCACCUGUAUGGAAUUGUGAUGUUUAUGAAAAUACUUUCUUAAACAUGUGCUUCAUGAUUUUGCCCUUGCAUUUAUCUGUAAGGUCAUUCAGCUAUAAAGUGGUUCAUCUCUAACUGCAUAUUUAGUCUGCAGUUUCUUGUGCACAUACAAUUGAUUUUUUUUUUUUAUCCUUCUGCAGAAACACUCCUUUCUGUGUUAGCUCCAGGACACAUCUUACUACAUAUUCUACCUGUCCCUUGAAGUCCUCUCCAGCUGUUUGUUAUAUUACCUAUUAAUUGAUAUAUUUUUUUUGCAUUUUUUGAAUGCUUUUCAAGUAAUAGUCAUGGUAAAGGUUAUAAUACCUCAUCUGAAAGUUUAUUAGAAUCAUUUCACUUGGCCAACCAAACAGGUUACACCUUUAAUGUUGAAGUACUUUAAGUAGGAAUAUCUAAAGUAAAGAAGUCAACACACCUUGACAAGUUUAGUGACUCAAUUCGCAAAACCCUCAGAAAAUUAAGAUCCUAAAAGUAAGCCUAAGUGGACAUUUUUUCUUAAAGCAUAAUUUAGACUGCCAAGUUUAGUAGCUGGAAGGCUUUGUUAACUGAACUGAACAGAACAGGAUGGGACAUAAAAGAGGUUCAGUGCUGUAUUUUUCAUACCCUUAAUUGUGAAACCUACUUCAACUGUGGGAACCUGUCUUAGCCCAGCUAUGCACAUGUGUUUGCCUCCAUUCCAGAAAACCAGUAGGCUAGCAAUCUCUUAGACUGGUAGACGCAGGUCCUACAAAGUACAACACGACAAACAUCUGGAUCUCUCACCAGAGACAGCCCUCUAGUGUAACAGGCAGUUGUGCAACAUCCCAGGCUUUUCUACCCAUAACAUUUCACAAGGUAUGGAACAACAAGCUGCACCUUUUCAUUAUGGAAAUCAGACGCAAAAGAGAAGUUCUCAUUAGGUACUCUGAAAGUAACUGUCAUCCUUAGCACAGACCAAGAGAAGGCCUUCCAUCAGUGAUAAGUUGGAUAUCUCAGUUGCUUCAGAUCAGUGUGCUUCAUAACGUUAUUGCAGUGCCCAGUAAUAUCAAUGCCACUAUAGCUCACUAGAGCUUCUAUCUCCCAGAUGCUUCACUUAAACUGAAAAGAAAUGCCAGAGCACCCAGGCUCUGAUCCCUUGCAUAUUGCACUUCUCUGCUGAAAUCUUUCUGUCCCCCAGUCACAGCAACAGAGUGGUCCUAGACAAAGUCCCAGAUGUUCUUCUAGGAGUUCCUCACAAUACUUUUCACUUUUCAGGGUGACAAGUAGCCUGCUGCUGCCAGUCAGCCAUCCUCUUCUGGGUGGAGAUGGCUGGCCCUGGGAUAGGAGCACAGUUCAAAUGGCAAGUACAGGGGGUUUCCCAGAUACAGCUAUGAAUGAAACCAUUUUUUCAGUCUUUUCUUCUGAGCACUACCUCUUGUUUGAAAGUAGGUGAAAACCACUCUGAAUACUAAGAAAAAGGAGGGAUAUCUGUAUCCAGAAAAUUUUAAUAGGAAAGCAAUUUAAUAACAAAAUUGCAGCCCUUGCCACAUGGCCUUCUUGCUCUGUGUGUGUGUGUUUUCUUUCAGAAGCAGUGUGGCAUAAAUGGUACUAGUGAUAAAGCUCUUCCUACAGAAAAAAUAUGCAAGCCCAGCUCAUUUCCAGUGCAUGAUAAUGAUUAAGGCUCCCAUGAGUGAACCUCUGAUGCUUUUUUAGCUAACGAUUAACCUUUCCCCUUAAGCAUUUGGAUUAAAAAGUGCAUACAGAGACUGAAAGCAGUAGGCAUGAGUGGUUCAUUCUCUAACUCCAUGGACUAAAGGGUGGGGUCACCGGACAGAGAGUUCAGGAGCGGCAGGCCAGGCAGUGAGGGGACUGAUCUUAUUAGGGUUAAAAAGGAAAGAGAAGGUCUCUCUUGUGACCACGCUGAAUUCAAGAUGUUUAUGAGCUUCAUCAUGCUGCUUUCACUGGUGCCAGCAAUGUUUGUAUGGUACAGACGGCAGCUAUUGACUUUUCCAUUUAUUCAGCUCCAUGGUCUUUUUUGUUCUGGAGAGUCUGCUGUAAUUAGAGAGUUCAUAACAUUUUCUUGUACAGAAGUCUAGUGUUUAGAAUAAGGCUUUACUUGUCAAGACUUUAAGAGUCUAUCUGUGACUCUAUAUUCAUAUGACCCUGGGUAAGUCAUUCAACCACAGUUUUACUUCAGCUUCCUAGCCUGGAAAACAAUACCAAUCUCAGAGGGCUUGUGUCAGGCUUCAUUCAUUUGAUUGAGAUCUUUGGAUAAAAGUUGUUUUAAUAGGUGAAAACCACUAUGAUUCAUAUUCCUAUUAAGACAUAAAUGCUCUCCCUUUAUUUUGGAUAGACAAAAGAUGUGGAGGGAUAAACUUUGCCUGUUAGUCUCAUUUUGUAUAGGCCUGAUACCGGUAUGUUCUGUUAAAAAAUUCUCCAGGGCAGUAGCUGGGAACAUGGGUGUGUGAUUCCGGGGUAGCACAAGUCUUGGGACAGUAACCUAUUAAGUACUGAGCAGGGACUGGCAUCAGCAGAGCAGCAGCAUGCCCCUCCCCACCAUACACAACCGGCAGAUCAGCUGGACUCUGCUGCUGAUAGUGGGGUAUCUCUGUUACCUCCUCCUGGGCGCUAUGGUGUUCCACCUGCUGGAGACACGUGCAGAGAGCCACUUUCGGGACCAGUUCCAGCUGAAGAAGCUCAAGUUCCUGCAGAACCACACGUGUUUGGACAGGCAAGACCUGGAGCAAUUUGCACAGGUCCUCAUGGAAGCAUGGGAAAAAGGGGUCAACCCAGAAGGAAACUCCACAAAUACUAGUAACUGGGACUUUGGCAACUCCUUCUUCUUUGCAGGAACUGUUGUCACCACUAUAGGUUAUGGUAACCAGUCCCCCAGCACAGUGGCAGGGCAGAUCUUCUGUGUGUUUUAUGCCUUAUUCGGAGUGCCUCUCAACCUGGCCUUCCUUAAUCAGUUGGGGAAAGGCCUCAAUGCUCAUGUGAUUACCCUGGGAAGAUGGGUGCAAAAGCCAGGCCGUGCCCAGGUGGUUCAAACACUGGCAGUGGCCAUCUUCCUGACUGCUGGGACCUUAUUUUUUCUAGUGUUCCCACCAUUGGUCUUCAGUUACGUAGAAGGCUGGAGCUACGGAGAAGGCUUUUACUUCACCUUCAUCACGCUAAGCACCAUUGGAUUUGGGGACUAUGUAGUAGGCACAAAUCCCAACAAGCACUAUAUCCCAGCGUACAGGAGCCUAACUGCGAUUUGGAUUGUUUUGGGCUUGGCCUGGCUGGCUCUGGUCUUCAACGUGGGAGCUGACUUGAUGGAAAAAUUCCUUCAGCAAAAGUGGCAGAAAACUGACAUAAGCUUGGCAGAAGGAGCCACCACCAAAUUGGAGGAUGAACCUGAGCAGCCUAGAAUCCACACCCAUAGCUGAGCAAGGCACACAGAAAGCAGUCCUGAAAGUAUAUCUUUCACCUAUACCUCACACUAAGCAAGCCCUGUGGAUAAAGGACUAAACCACAGGUUGUGGACUGUUUCCUAAGGAGGAAAUGUUUCAGAUGCGUUGAAAUUUCCACACACUGUGUGGGCAUCAGCCAAUUAAAACCUCCAAAGAAGUAGCACACAUGGUAAAACAACUGUCCCAGGAUUCAUUUUACACUCUCACUCAACAAAGGCAACUUCCCCUAAAGUAAUCAAUUAUUAUCCUUUCUCUUUCUCUAGUGGAAUUCAGUUCUUAUGGUCACUUAUUUUCAAAAAAUCCAGAGUGACUGCCUCUCAGCUCCAAUGAGAAGUUGUGCCACCAAGAAUCUCAAGUGGAAAAAGCCAGGUACAGAAAUCUUUCUUCAUUUCCAGUCAGAAAACAAAUCAAAACACAGAGGAAUAUUGACAGUAAUGACCACCUGCUUAAUGACAUCCAUUCAAUUAAGAUUCAUUUGAUAUUGUCUGAAAUUAACAGCUUUCAUAUAAAAUUUUAUCAUUUCUUUAGUUCCUGGGCUAAAAUGCUUCUCUCUUCAAUUAUGCAGAAAUUAUGUGUCUAUCCAGCACUGCCUGGACUGUUACAAUUCAUUUCAGAGCCAACUGACAGCUCAAAGCAGGUCCUUAUCCUUAUCACAGUUCAUUUCACAGCCACUUGAAAGCAGCGCUUUAAACUAAAUCUAAAUGCAAGCAAAAUUCCUUAUUUCCAGCCAGAUCACAAAUAUUAUUAUAGUCUGGCAUUUUUCUUUGGGCCAGUUCACUGAAGAACUACCAUGCACCAUACCUCUAAACAAGGCUGAUGAUAGGCUCUUGUGUUAAAUCUGAUCCUCGGUCAUGAGCAUAGUGUCACCUGUGAGAAACAGGGAGUUGGAUUUUAUCACAGUUACUGUAAGUCAAAAGUAGCAGCAGCCAUUUCCAAAGAAGCAGAAAAACCCAAGAAGGACAUAUAAGCGCCUUAUAACAGGCUAGUCACUGAGAUAUAAAAUUGUAGUCAUACUCUGUAUUAAACUAAACUAUAGAAACUUGAUAAAACAAUUAUCCAUUCCUUGAGUACCAUACUAGAUUGCUUAUAACCAUCACUAACACAUUCCAUGGGUAUGCUUGUAAUUAUAUACAUACUACUAUUUAUUCUGUAUGUUUACAGCUCAUGCUAACCACCAAUUAAUUCUUUUAAACUCAUUUAUAAGUGGAACUUUAAUGUAAAGUGUAAGUGAAAUAUGACUGGGCGCAUAGACGAGCCCCGGGCUAUGACAGGCUAUAGUAACAUCAAAUGUCAGCCUUUCAGCAGCUGCUUUGAUAUUUCAUUUUGGGGAUGUGUCCAUAAAACAUGUAGAGACGUGUGUAGGUCACAAAUCUGUUCCCGCAUACCUUCUGUGCUAGAAUUUUACCUUUGAGGCGGGUCACAACAGACACUUGUUCUUACAUCUGAAUUGGUGCUUGUUUUCUUUGCUAGUUGCUGACUCCUGCAUAGUACAGUGUGGCUGCUGAGAUCUGACAUGCUGGCAUAUAAGAAUGCCAGCUAUGGUUUAUUCAACUAAUUUCAAAACUGAGUUGUCAAAUGCUUAUCCCAUCUAAGAUUUCCCUCAUGUCUUACCACUACCUACCUCACAGAUUUUAUCUCCUUAGUUUUUGCACUGAUCUUCCUCUAUGCCCUCAGCUAUUCCCAUAAAUUUGUGCAACAGCUUUCUUUGUAGCCUCUUUCACUGAGAGCAGCCAACUCUCUCCUGUCCAGCUUUUUGUACCUUUGCAAACCUCACAGGAAAUUUUGUCUCUCAGUAUUCACUAUUCUUUAGGCAUAAUGUUUGCAAAUGCACUUGUUAACAUCAUCAUCGCUGUACUCUGUACCUGCCUUGUAUCAACACUACAAGACAUUUUACUCCUAUUUGUGUGAAAGGCAAAACUAAAGAUCUACUGACUUUUAUAUCUGACCUGUUCCCUUCACCUUGCCUUUUUCCAUGCCUUCCUUACUUUAUCUAGCCACAGCCAGCCACAAAACAUGCACUAGUCUAAAGGUGAUCCUAUGCAGUGUUUUACACCAUGCUGCAUGCCAUAAAAAAUGAUAAUGAGAUUAAUCAGGGAUAGAAAGCAUGCAUGCACCACUGACUGGCAAAGUCUUUGUCAAAAUCAUUGUUUGACAUGUGACAGCAGGGAGCUUGGAUCGCUUUUACUGCAGUCCAGAAAAUUGCUCCUGUACCUGAUACUGAUUUUGCAAAGUAGCAAAAUGUUGAGACCAUCUACUGAAGUUUUUGCUACUGCUGCUUUUAGUAAGGCUGAGAGUAGCUGCAGCAGUUCCCAAGCUGCCUGCCGGAAGACUCAAAAAGAUACCUUAAAUCAAGCAUAUGGCCACAUUGGAACAGGAAAGAGAAAGAUUCUGAUGAGCUGUUCUGUGUUACACAAGCAAUAGAAAUGUCUUGCUCACUUUGCCAGUUUUUCAAGAUCCCGGAAAGAUCCUAACAGCCAUGCACAUCUGUAAUCAAAGUUACUUUGAGAUACAUCCUGGGAGCACCCGCCCAUUUCUUGAGCAUGGAUGGAUGAAGCGCUUUCUAGUACCCUUCCUCUAACAAAAAGGUAGUUAGUCAGCAAGUAUCAAGUGACCAGCUAAGAAAAAUAAUGUGGAGGAACUGCACAAUCGCAAGGGCUUACUAGGAGUCAGAGGAGUGCACAAAAAGGAGUCUUCUGCUCUUUUAAUAACCCAUUUUACCAGUGGUGCCAUCCUGCACAGAAUGAAGAUCACACAACCUGCUACAAGACGCUCAGCUCAGAUGCAUGGAAAAGAGCACUUCUGAAAGCUUCUGAAUGUAGCUCUGCAGCCUGUGGUGGAAGCAAUGGCCCAGGCAGUGUUCAUCUGUGAUGUGGAAAAGCAGCACAUUGUCCUGAACAGCUACCACUUGCAGUCCCGUGCAGGACAAGAUGCAAAUGUCCUUCCAGACUUACACUUACCUUUUAAGCUUAUUCAGCAAGCCCUUCCUCAUGCUCAGAUAUAUCGGUACCUUCCAGACAACACCAAAAUACAAUCUGCAAAUAUUUGAGCCAUUCUUUCUGGAGAUGUAAAUAGAAGGCUGACACACAAGUGGCAUUUCUGAGAGUACUCAAGAAAAUCAGCCAUUAAUAUAUUAUAUGAUUCUGUGGUGGCUUGUUGUGAAUAUUGAUCUUUCCUCUUCCUCCCCAAAUUCCUCCUAGCAAGCACAUGCUUGAUGUCCUGGGUCUUCGCAGUCUUGCUUGUAGUUACAAACCCUGAGUCUCAUCUGUAAUUUGUUUUAUAUUAUAAACUUUAGAAUAAAGGUUAAAUGCUGUAUGUUUAGUCCAUAAUGUUUCAGCAUGGUUAUACUUAGUGCACUUUGUAUAAACUAUGUAAUUUUAAUGAAAUUAAAAUGUCAA